CUCGGCGCGUCCUGUCGGGUCGUAGGUGAGAGACGGUGCGCAGAGGCGGCCGGUGCGGACCCCUGUUUACCGGUCCUCUCCCCCCUGGACUGAGCGUCCGCUCCACGGCGCUGCGCGGGGGACGGGCCCCCGGGAGCCACAGGUGUAACUGAGCGCGUGUGUGAAGGUUCGCGGCGGGCGGAGCGCAGCCGGAGCGGCCCUGGUCCGCCCCGUCGCCGCCCCAUCUCCACGGCGCCCUGCCGGGUGGUCCCCUCCCCGGCUGUGACGCGGCCUCUGCGAGCAGGCCGGUCCGAGGGGCCCGGCAGGCCGGUGCUUUGGAAGCCGGUGGCGGAGGAGCGGCCACGCCCGAGGACCCCGGCUUUGCAGCCACUCGCCCUUUUCCUUGGGGCGGGGUGUGUCCCGUGUGUGAGCUCAGGGGUCGUUCCAAAGGGCAGACGGUGUCUGCACGGAGUCGCGUGUACGCACUUGUGUUUCCAGGUGGGAGAUGGAGGAGCCACGGACGUUCCCCACGAAUGAUGGCCGUGGGGGCGACAUAGUCACAGAAAAGUUCCGGGUCGAGUCGGAGCGGACCGCUUCCCACGUCCAGCUCGCGUGUCGCGCGCCGCACUGCGCGUUCCCCGUGGACGGGACUGCGCUCUGCGUGCGGAGCUCCGCGGACCCCGCCCAGCAGCUUCUGAUCUUAAGAGGACACCAUCAGCCAAUUACUGCCGUGGCGUUUGGCAACAGGGGGCACCCGCUUGUGGUCUGCUCUGCCUCCCAAGACCACGUGAUGAUGUGGAGGCUGGACGAGUGCAGAGAGAAAGCGCUUCAGGGGACGGACCCGCGCGGGCUCGUCCUGGGCACCCGCCUGGGAGAGGUGCGGUGCGUGAGGUUCAGCCCGGACGACCAGAUGGCUGCGGUGUGCGCUGGCAACAGGGUCCUCGUGCUGGACGUGCAGAGCCGGACCGCGCGCGCCGAGCUGGAGGGGCACCAGGGCCCCGUGACCGCAGCCGAGUUCUGUGCGUGGCAAGCGCAUGUGGUCGUCUCGGGGUCUGAGGACAGAAGCUUCAAGGUGUGGGACUGCCGCGCGGGGGCCUUGAUGCACAGCUCGGCGGUGCUGACAGCCUCCCCCGUCCUGAGCCUCUUCAUCGAUGGGGAGAGCCAGCAGCUGGUGGCCGGGGGCGCCGAGGGCCAGCUGUGCAUCUUCAGUUUGGUGGAAGGUCAUCAUUAUCGUCGUGUGACGCGCGUGGACCUGAGGAAAGAGAUGGAGAGUUUCUAUGCCAGCCGGCCAGGAGAGAGGGGGCUGGACAGAGGGGACGGGGUCGACGUGGCGCUCCCCGUCCUGAGCCUGGCGCGCUGCGACCUGCCGCCGGGCCUCGGUCCCGGGCGUGGAUGUCUUUCCCCGGAGAGGACCGGCUGUGUGUGGGUUGGAAGCUCCACUGGGUUAUUCAUACUGAACCUGGCGAGCUUUGAGCUGGAGGCUGCCCUACAUUACAAGGAUUUUCAGAACCUCAGCAUUCAGGUGGCCGGGUCGUGUUCUGUGAUGAGCAGCCGUGGCAAGGCCUUCUGCCUACUCGCAUCCAUGUUUGGGAACGAGAUCGCCGGCUUGGAGGUUGACCCGGCCGCUCUGGUGAGGUCCCAGCAGCACCCCCACCUGGGAACGCAGCUCUCAGUGCUGCCCAGCUCCGGGGUCUCGCCGACCUCCCCUCUGUACUUCGGAGCCACUGAGGAGACACGUAUCAAGCCGGCCAGCCGCCACCAAGCCGCUGCUCAGAGCGCCCCGCGGGACCAGCCCCUGGUCUUCCACAGCCGCGUCCAGUCCUCCGGGUACACGGCUGCGCCCCAUGUGACCAUGUUCUCACCCAAGACCAAUGUCAAGAGAGGCUGUAAGAGACCUUCACGACGCAGGAGCACUCACCCCUGUCAGGAGUGCCCUUCGGACCGCCCUGCGCCGACCCAGCUCCGCAGGCGGCUGGCUGUGGCCCAGGGCCCGGUGGCCGUGCGCUGUGUGCAGUUCUCAGGAGACGGGCGCCGGCUGGCCUGUGGCCUGGCCGACCACCUGGCACUGGUCUUCGAUGCCCAUCUGACUGGAGCGCCUGCUGUUUUCUCGGGUCACGAUGGGGCAGUGAGCGCCCUGGGCUGGAGCCACGACGCCCGGUGGCUGCUGUCAGCCUCCCUGGACGGGACCGUGAGGGUGUGGUCGGCCCGCAGCCGGGAGCCCGCCCUGUGCCUGGGCACAGACGUGUUCCCGGAGCCGGUGCACCACGCGCAGUUCUACUACCUCGAUUCGUUCAUGCUCGUGUCCUCGGGCCCCGAGCUCCAGCUGCUCAGGCACCAGCUGGACACCCGCAGAGACGAGCUGAAAAGAUACAAACCGAGGAGCAGGUGCACCCGCGUGUUCCGGCUCCCCACGACGGGGGCCGCGGAGAUCACCGGCCUGUCCGCCCCCAAUGAGUUUUAUUCCCACCUGGUGCUGGCCGCCAGCCGGAGCAGGACAGUGGAAGUCUUCGACCUCAACGCGGGCCGCAGCGCCGCCGUGAUCCAGGGAGUCCAUUCCCGGCCCGCCCACCAGAUCUGCCAGAACCAGGGGUCGCCAUCCACCACCCAGCCACCUCAGGCUUAUAAUCUGUUCGCAACCACCGCCGUGGGUGACGGGGUCCGGCUGUGGGACCUGAGAACCCUGAGGUGUGAGCGCCGUUUCGAAGGACACCCGACCCGCUGCUUCCCGUGUGGGAUUGCCUUCAGCCCCUGCGGGCGCUUUGUGGCGUGUGGCGCGGAGGACAGACACGCGUACGUGUACGACGUGGGCUCCAGCACCUUCUCCCACAGGCUGCCGGGGCACACCGACACGGUCAGCGGGGUGGCCUUCAGCCCGUCCGCCCCUCAGCUCGUCACCGCCACCCUGGACGGCAAACUCCAGCUGUUUGUAGCCGAGUGACGCUGCCCUGUGCGGCCAGGCCCCGACGUGUGGGUGGGGCAGGGCUGCAGGCUCAGGGCCCGGCUGGUGCUGCUGUGUCUGUGCCCACGGCCCUGGUUCUGCUGCUCACGGGACCCACGGACCCACGGUGCUGCCCUUCCACGCAGAAUGCGGUGAAGUUAAAGCCGA